UUUCGAUCCAUGUAGACCGGUUCUCUUCAUUCAUAGUGCCGAUUCCGUAAACACCGGUUGGCUGUCUUUGGUCUUGAGGUGUAAUGUGUGAGCGUACUUAAGAAAAUCAUAAAACUAAUAAUAUGGCGACGAGUUACGCCAUGUCGCCGGUAAUCAUAGUGCUAUCAAUAUUUUGUAACUAUUUCGCUUCGAGUUUGGCUCUUGAAAGUACGUGUGUUUGGUAUGGCGAAUGCGAUUAUAUUGGUGAAUUGCCUUUAAACUGUCGUUACGAUGGACCUCCAAAACCGUUGACCGAUACACAAUCGUUGGAAGUACUUCAAACAUGGUGUCCGGAUUUUUUAAAGGAUAACACGGACGAAAAUGGUACGUUGAGCACUUGUUGCGGUGCCGACCAACUGAAAACGGUCGCUACAAACAUCGUACAGGCUGCAAACUUUUUGACCAGAUGCCCAUCGUGUAUGCGAACAUUUGGGAGGUAUGUCUGCGAGAUGGUGUGUUCGCCGAUCCAGAGCAGUUUCAUGAACGUCACCAAAACGAAAUUGUCGGAAUCGGGAAAAGAGGCCAUACAAGAAUUGGAUUUUUACAUAUCCGACACGUACAUGCAAGGGGUCUACGACUCGUGCAAGUCGGUGUCGAACCCGGCCACCGGUGAACUGGCCAUGGACGUUAUAUGUUCCGGAGCGGUAGGAUGUAACGCACAAAAAUGGUUUAAGUUUAUGGGGGACAAUCCGUACUUGGCUUUUAUCAUUAAGUACAUACCAGUUAUGCAGCGCAAGGGUGCGUCUCAAGGAUUGCGAGCACCAGUUACACCAUGUAACCAACCUUUCGACAAUAAAACUACCGCUUGUAGUUGCAUGGAUUGCGAAGAAAGUUGUCCCGUACCGGACGACUAUAUAGAACCCGAGGAACCGCUCACUGUGGCUGGCAUUGAUAUUCUAACCUUUCUGUCGGCAAUUUUGUUUUGCGUUAUUACAAUAACCUUUUUCAUCUACUGUUGCUUUCAACGUUUGAAACGUAGCCGCAAGAGUGAAUUAAAGACCGAAGAGCAAACGUAUUCAUUUCUCGGACAACUAAAGAAAUUUAAGCGGAGCAAAAUGGAAAAUGCGUUCUAUAACAUUGGAAAGUUUUGUGCCGAAAGACCUUGGAUGUCGUUUAUGUUUGGGGUGUGUUUGAUCACCACGAUGAGUCACGGUAUCCACUUCGUAAAAAUCACCACGGAUCCCGUUGAGUUGUGGUCAUCAACAAAAAGCCAAUGCCGCCAAGAACGCGAGUACUUUAAUCAGAAUUUCAAGCCGUUCUUCCGUACUCAACAAGUGAUAAUCGUCCCGAAUGGCAUCGAUAACAUUCACUAUAAUUCUUCCAAUGGAUACGUCGAAUUCGGACCAGUUUUCAAUCGGACAUUUUUGGGGGCCGUGAGAAAGUUACAAGGACAAAUCGAAGCUCUCGGAAGUCCUGACAAUGGGCUGAACAAAGUUUGUUUCGCGCCGUUAACGUCAAAAUUCACCGGCCCGCCCAAAGUGUCCGACUGUGUCGUACAGAGUGUUUGGGGUUAUUUCGGGAAUAAGGAAUAUAAAAUGGAUCGCGUGUCUCCGAAUAAAGAUGGGACGAAAUAUACAUACUUGGACAAAUUUAUGACGUGUUUUCAAAAUCCUUACAACCCUUCGUGUUUGGCUCCCUACGGUGGCCCGAUUGAUCCGACGGCCGCGCUAGGAGGGUUUUCCGACUCCAACGAGGCUAUAUCUAAAAAAUCCCCUUUCCAAAAAUCUACCGCCUUGUUGCUAACGUUCGUGCUCAACAAUCACAACGAUAAAUCGAUGUUGAAGGACGUUCUGCUCUGGGAACAAAAGUUUUUACAGUUUAUGAAGAACUGGACCGAAGAAUCCAAACCGCCCUACAUGGAAGUAGCCUAUUUUUCAGAACGGGCGAUAGAAGACGAAUUGGACCGGGAAUCCCGAUCGGAUGUAUCAACUAUAGCUAUCAGUUACAUAGUGAUGUUAUUGUACAUUGUUCUGGCUCUGGGUCAGUCCAAAUCCUUGUUGGGCUUUUUCGGCGUGGUCUUAGUCAUCGCAUCUAUUAUAUGCUCUGUUGGAUUCUAUGGUUUGAUCGGAGUUCCGCUAUCUUUAAUCAUACUCGAGGUAAUACCUUUCAUCGUCCUCGCUGUGGGCGUCGACAAUAUAUUCCUGAUGAUUCAAACUUAUCAGCAAAUGAAAAUGAAAGAAAACGAAGACAUUCCCGAUUAUAUAGGCAGAGUACUGAGAAAAACUGGGCCGUCGAUUUUGAUUACAACGGCUUCCGAGUCCGCUUGCUUUUUAAUCGGUGGGUUGUCUGAAAUGCCUGCCGUCAAAGCAUUUGCUCUGUACGCUGCCAUGUCCUUGAUGAUGAACUUCAUUCUACAAAUCACAUUUUUUGUUGGUCUUCUAGCACUCGAUGCGAAAAAAAAAUCAAAAAAAAAAGUCAAAAACAGCAAUAAUUUCGUCCGUGAAAUAUUCCAAAAGCGGUACGUUCCAGUUUUAUUGAAGAGUUACGUACGGCCAAUGAUUAUACUAGUGUUCAGUGCUUGGUUCUGCACGAGCAUCACUGCUAUUCCAAAAAUCAACAUAGGCUUGGAUAUCGAGUUGACCAUGACUGAAGACUCGUAUGUGCUCAAAUACUUUCAAUUUAUGAAACAAUAUUUGUCGACCGGACCUCCAGUUUAUUUUGUCGUCACAGAGGGACUUAACAUGACCAACGAGCAAGAUCAAAAUCUUCUCUGCGGUGGUAGAAACUGUGAUCCGUAUUCAGUGCCCAAUCAAAUAUACAGAGCAGCCAAAUCACCCAAAUCGACAUACAUUAAUAGGCCGUCUACUUCUUGGAUUGAUGACUACUUUGAUUGGUCAAACUUGCCGAAUUGUUGCAAGUACUAUUCGGCUAACUCAAGUUUUUGUCCUCACACAGAUAGUGCAUGUGAGAGUUGUACGAUUAGUAAAAAUAGCCAGGAUCGUCCGGACGGCGAAAGUUUUACCAAGUUUUUACCAUUUUUCCUUCAAGACAAUCCAGAUAAACAGUGUUCGAAAGCUGGUCAUGCCGCUUACAGCGAUGCUGUUUCUAUCUAUAACGAUACGGUGGGUGCUAGUUAUUUCAUGACGUUUCAUUCGGUACUGAAGACUUCUGAAGAUUUCUUUGAGUCAUUGCGAUCUGCAAAAUCCAUAGCGAAUAACAUGACUAAUACGAUUAGGGAGAAGAAACCGAACUCCACGGUAACCGUAUAUCCUUACAGUGUAUUCUACAUUUUCUACGAACAGUAUUUGAAUAUGUGGCACGUUUGUAUUCAAAAUAUAGGGUUGUCCUUAGCAAUAGUGACGCUCGUCGUGUGGGUAUUGACUAAAUUUGACCACAAAUCGGCCGUCACUCUGUUGUUGGUGAGUACAAUGAUAACGAUAGACUUGCUGGCCGUCAUGCACUAUUGGGAUAUAUCACUCAAUGCGGUAUCGCUGGUCAACUUGGUUAUGUCCAUAGGUAUUAUGGUGGAAUUUUGCGGUCACAUCAUUUUCCAUUAUGCCAAGUCGGAUAUUCCGUGUCCUGUCGAGAGGGCUAACAAUUCAUGCGUCAACGUCGGGAGUUCCGUUUUUUCCGGAAUCAUGUUGACCAAAUUCGCCGGACUUGCUGUGCUAGGGUUUGCCAACACGCCGGUGUUUAAAAUAUUCUAUUAUCGGAUGUACAUGAGCAUUGUCAUCAUAGCUGCUUUACACGGCUUAGUUUUCUUGCCGGUGUUGUUGAGUUACAGUGGCACACCCAAAACGAAUUCAAAUCUUGGUCAAAACUCUCUAUGGGUUGAUGUUGAUAAUAAAUCCAAAGACGCCACAGGACAUUCACUUCAGCUGAUAGAAGAGUGCCACAUAACACCGAAGAACGGGGUAAACCAAACGACAAGUGACACAAACGUUGAUGACGGUCAACAGUGUUGAUCACUGGUCGUCUCGAUCUCUACAGGUUUAAGUUAGAAUCUAGUCGGUUUCGGUUUGGGUUGGGUCGGGUUGGAUGUUGGGUAUACAUUUUUUUCUUCACUGCCUUUCUUAUCGAUUGUUUCCUUAAAUAAUAUAAUUCCUAAGUAUACUAUUUCUAUAAAUUAUUUUUACUUCCUAGUGUUACAAUACGUUAUAAUAAGAUUUUAUUUAUGUAUACAAAAACGGUACUAUUUUUAGUCGUAUAAGAUGUUAAUUUGUGUUAUUAUUGUUAUUCUUUCAAUAUGUGAGACUUAGUCAGUGUAUCUAAUAAAAGACUAUGCUGAUGUACA